CUGUACGUAUGUACGUGGGAAAUUAAAACAUGCGAACUUAAAGCAACAUAUAUUGUAAGCUCCUUCGCAUGAGCAGGAUCUCUACUCUGUCGAGAGAGAUUGGCCGAGAGGUAAUUGACAAUGGCGACCAUCAUUGUUUCCCAAAACGCUUCUGUCCACGAGGACGCACAAGCUCUCCGGAAUGCUUUUCAAGGAUGGGGAACUGACGAGAAGGCAAUAAUCUCAAUACUCGGACAUAGAAAUGAGUUUCAAAGGAAGCAAAUUAGGCAAGCUUAUGAGGAGCUUUAUCAAGAAGAUCUCAUCAAGCGCCUUGAAUCUGAACUCUCGGGGGAUUUUGAGAAAGCUGUGUACCGGUGGAUAUUGGAUCCAGCAGAUAGAGAUGCUGUUUUGGCUAAUGUAGCCAUCAAGAAAGCUGAGACUGAUUACCAUGUUAUCAUCGAAAUUUCAUGCAUCCUAUCUCCCGAAGACCUCUUGGCUGUGAGACGAGCCUACCAUUGUCGAUACAAGCGUUCCUUGGAAGAAGAUGUGGCUGCUCAUACCUCUGGUGAUUUGCGCAAGCUCUUGGUAGCCCUAGUGACUGCUUAUCGGUAUGCUGGCCAUGAGAUCAAUGAAAGAUUAGCAAAAUCUGAAGCUGAUAUUCUUAGCGAUGCUAUCAAAGACAAGGCAUAUAAUAAUGAAGAAGUUAUCAGGAUUCUGAGUUCAAGAAGCAAGGCACAGCUCAUCGCCUCUUUCAACCGCUACAGAGAUGAGCAUGGCACUUCCAUCACUAAGAAUUUGUUGGGUGAUUCCGAUGUGGGGACGUUACAAAAGGCAUUGCAUGCUGCGAUUCGGUGCAUCAGCGACCCAAGGAAGUAUUUUGAAAAGACAGUACGCAAUGCAAUAAAAGGAAAUGGGACUGAUGAGGAUGCACUGACUCGUGUGAUUGUAACGAGGGCAGAGAGGGACCUGAAGGACAUCAAGGAGCUUUACUACCAGAGGAAUAGUGUUUCCCUUGAUCAUGCAGUGGCCAAAGAAACUGCAGGAGAUUACAAGGCCUUCCUCCUUACUUUGCUUGGGAAGGAAGAUUAAGAUGGAUGCAUGCUUUCCUAUCAUGAGAGUCUUCCGAAUAAAUUUGGUUAAUUGUGGUGUUCUAAUUAGUUGGACUUUGUUGCUAGGUGUCUUUAUUUUCCAUGGUAUUGCCUUGAAUUUCUUUUGAGCUUUUGUUGAGUGUUUUGAUAAGGGGUUUGUUGUCAAGGACGUUAGUUUAUGGGUGCAGUAAAUGAGAAUUCUGUUUCUGAUCUAAGGCAUCAAUUGAGAAAUUGUACCAAUUGCAACCCGAAAAA